AUGACAUCGAUUACUAUCACGGACGAAUCGUUGACGGGCCUCAAAGAUAAGGUGGUCACCAUCUCAGGCGGCUCUUCCGGAAUCGGUCUCGCAACGGCUAAACUCCUCCUAUCUCUUGGAGCGAGGGUCUCGAUCGGCGAUCUCUUACCUCCGCCUGAUGAUGUUCUUCAGGCCGAUGGCUUGAUAUUCACGCCUGUUGAUGUCACGAAGUGGAAAGAUCUAUGCGGUUGGUUUCGCGAGACAAAGCAGAAAUACGGCCGGAUUGACCAUGCUUUUUGCAAUGCCGGUAUUAGCCACCGGGCGGACUACUUUGAUGAAAGGGUUGACGAUGAUGGCGACCCAUUCCAGCCGAGUGGACUUACAUUGGAUGUGAACUUGAUGGGCGUCAUUAACAUGACGAAGUUAGCCAUUUGGUAUAUGAGAAAACAGGAGAGUGGCGGAAGUAUCGUGAUCACGGCCUCGGCCAGUGGUUUCCAAAGAUUCGGAAUCGUCGACUAUUGCGCUUCAAAACAUGGAGUUAUAGGUUUCAUGCGUGGGCUUGUGGCUCGCGAUCUGUAUCCCGGCCUCUCCAUUCGUAUAAACUCACUCGCUCCCGCCUGGACGGACACGGCAAUUGUUCCCCGGGCCCUGUUGGAGGCUGUUGGAUGGAAAGUUCAAUCUGCAGAGGACGUCGCUCGCUCUGCUGUGAUUUUGAUGGCUGACGAGUCUCGCCAUGGACAGCUGAUCUACUCCGCGGAAGGAAAGUUUCUCGAAAUUGAAGAGCCGAUAUUGGAGGCAACCGUCAAAGUUAUCGGCGCAUCACCGGAGACCGAUACCACAAAAAUGGCGGCAUUAAGGGAUAAAAUCAGGGCGGCCCAAAGACACUGA